AUGCAUCCAAUCGCAUUUCAAACUGCUUGCAAUUUAGCCUGGACUUUUUAUAACGUGAUCAGUUCAGUAGUUUCCGGGAUCAACUCUUACAUGGUGAUGGGAAGCUACUACAUCCAUUAUGUUAGAUUCAUUACAACCGUAGCUAUAAUAUCGAUUGGGCCUUUUAUUUGCGGUAUGUUUAACGGUAUCAAAUCUCAUCUUGAUUCCAUUCGCCUAGGCAUCUCACUUGGCUUUUCGUCUUCAGUUUCUGCACAGCUGCUCAUUGGUGAUAACCUGAUCGCCUUCUUCUCAAGCUUAAUCAAUCUGGGAGCGUUAGUUGGUAGCCUUAUCGUAGGCCCAGUUCUGAACAUCCUGGGUCGACGUGCAGCACUGCGCAUAUCCGCUGUUCCCUCCAUCAUCGGUUGGCUUCUUAUCGCUGCAGCGCAAGGUCUCUCACCUCCCUCCACCAGUGUGGACCCACUUCUCGUCUUCUUCCUCCUCCUCGGCCGCGUCCUCUCUGGUCUCGCUGCGGGCAUGAUGACCGCCGUAGGCUCUGUCUACCUCGUAGAAGUCUCUCCACCCCACCAAUCAGGUCGAAUAGGCUCGCUUGCUCAGUUUGCUACUGUGGCGGGCACUUGCUUUGCCUACUACUGUGGUAUGGUUACUACGUGGUACGAGACUGCAGAACUCAUGGCUGUCAUCUCGGUAAUGCUUCUAGGAGUCACCUUCUAUCUACCUGAGUCACCGGCUUGGCUGGCUAAACGCAACCGGAUACAGGCGGCUUUAAAAAGCCUUAGUUGGCUUCGAUUCGAUCAAAAGGCGGCGGUGCAAGAACUGUCUGACCUUUCCGCGGAUAGCAUUGUCGACGCUGAGAAACCUUCAUUCCUACCUCCGGGUCAGCACACGUUUAGAAAUGGCGCUAAUGAUCACACGUUCACUUCUUGUCUUGUUCGUCUCCUCCUACCUUGCGUUACCAUCCCACCGGAGUUGAGUGACAAUUUGCGAAUUGCACUGCUGCUGAUGGUGGCGCAGCAGACCACGGGUAUCAAUGUGAUCACUUUCUACACUGAGCCCUUGUGCCAGCGUAUGGUUCAUGUCACUCACUCAGCGCGCUGUGCUUUCGCUCUCGGGCUAGCCCAACUCUUCUUUUCCCUCCUCGCCUCCUUCCUCAUCAUCAAUCGUCUACCCCGGCGGCUGUUGGUGGUCGCCACAGGCGUUCUAAUGUCUAUCUCCAUGUUCUUCUUUGCCAUCGGGCAACAGUUCCCGAAUUCGGCUCCAAUUUCGCCACUGGCUGCGAUAAUGGUCUUUCUGAUGGGCUACCAGUGUGGCUGGGGUCCCCUAGCAAUGCUGGUCGUCUUAGAACUUUUCCCCGCCAGUCAUCGAGGCGCGGCAUGUGCUGCUGCGGUGGCGAUCAACUGGGGUGUGACCUUUUUGGUGACUCAAGCGUUUCAACCCCUUGUGAAUCUUCUCGACGGGCAGGGCGAGUUGGUGGUCUUUCUAGCGCACUCCGUGGUCACCUUCUUUGCUUCUGCCUAUUUCUACCGACGGCUGCCGGAGACAAAUCCGGUCUUUGUCUCUCCUGUUAGCGCAGGAGUCGCUGCUGGUUUAUUCAUUGCUGUGACCAAACUCCUUCAGCUGCUACGUCCUCAAUUUCUACGAAACUCAAACACCUUGGAUUUGGUAAAAAUGUUGUCACCUGUGGUACCAAGUCUGGCGUUGGUAGGAUUUCUCCUGGGCUUCCAGUUCGGCUGGGGACCGCUAGCAAUGUUGGUGAGCACAGAGCUCUUUCCUCCGGAGCACCGAGGUACCGUAGGUGGUGCCGCUGUGGCAAUCAACUGGAUCACCUCCUUCAUCGUUACCCAGACUUUCCAACCUUUUGUCAAUGCCCUUGGCGGUGGCACCUUCAGUGGUACUGGUGAUAACAACGUUGGGAGUGGGGAGGUAGUCAUCUUUCUCUUCUACAGCGCCAUCACUACUUUUGCCACCAUCUGGCUCCAUCGUCGGCUGCCUGAGACCAACAAAGCCUUUCUGCCUUCUGCUGUUAGUGCGUCUCUGCUGUAG